UUUGUUGUCUGUGAGGGGGAGAGAGAGAGAUUCUAUUAACGAUCCCGCCGUUCAAAAACCGGAGAGUAACCUCGCGCCGCCUCGAGAUCUCACCGGAAGAGUUUCGCCAUAGAAGCAAGAGAGUCCCAUCGAUUUUGAAAAAAAUUGCACUAAAUGGUGGUUGUUACAAGCGACGAUAGACUUGCUGGAGCUCUUCCGCAUGUUCAACCUAUGAGCGUUGCUAGUAAAAUGUGUGGGAACCAUCUCCCUGAAGCUGAAAAAUCCAGAGUUCACUUACCACAAACGAAUUGGUCGAAACAUGCCAACGCUUCUGAGUGUAUACCAUCGUCGAACAACUUUCUAAGCUCUACUAUGCUUUACUCUCUAGAAAGUCAAAAGCCUAGAAGAAGUAGAGAAACGGCUUCGAGGCCAAUUUACAACAUCAUCCCUGUAGAUGUGCAGACUUCGGCACACCAACAUAUUUCAAAGGCUUGGUGUGCUCUUACAAACCUCUCAAUAAAUAAUACAUACCUGAGACCUGGCAUUACUCCUGCAAUUGAUGAUAUCAACACUAACUGUUCAUUUUCUACGAGAGGAAGAUCCACUGCUAAAGUUACAUCCAACACUGAUGGAUCUUUCUAUGCACACAAUCAUCAAGAGGAUAGUCAAAAGAGAAUAAGAGGAACUGCAACAUCUUUUGACUGUUCCUCCUCCUCUUCCCCAGGUGAUGGUCAAUUAACUUCUGGAAAAGUUCCAUGGGUAAAUAACGAGGUUAGAGAUUCAAUAACCGGUUGUAUAAAUGGUAUGGAGGUACCACCAAUUAUAAACUUAGCACACCCAGCUAGACAGGUGGAAGUUAUCGAGAUUGACGAUGAUGACAUUCUCAAGGGUAUUGACGUAGAGCAAAUUGUUAUGGAGCACUACUAUUCAACGUGUACCCAUCAACCAUCUGUUAAUAUAUUUGCUUCCAGAGGAAAAGAACAGCCCUGUUUGCCUCCUGAGUUAUGUUCCAUCUGUAGUCAUGGAGUAAAGCUAGGGCUCUGUCUUCAAGCUUCCAGCCAUGUUGAACAAAUGAAGGACGCGCUGCUUGCAGUAUCAAAUGAACUACUUGACGAUUCUACCGACCUGAGCCCUGGUCAUUUUGAACAGCUUUGUCAAGAGAGGUUACUGUUGAAAAAGCAAAUACAGCUGCUUGAGAUCCUUAUCCAAGAUAAAGAAAAGAAAAACUCAGAGUGUUUGGCAUCUAGGCCUAGUCAUAAUAUUCAGUAUGAGACACCUCAAACAACAAAUCAUAAGGCGGAUUAUGCUCAGGCAGACUCUCGAGCUCAUAUAAAAGAACAAGGAAGAUAUGUAAGUGAUAACUGGAAUAUGCCACGAGACUAUUUAUGUUCUGAAGAUAGGUCUGGGCUUUCAUCUGGUCCUCGAGAGAGGGAACGUUGUGUUCCUGAGAUUAUAGAUGUCACUUAUACUGAUGGUUCAAAUGACAAAAAGUGAAGCAGUCGUGACUUUCCGUGGACUAAAAAUCUGGAGCUCAAUAACAAAAGAGUGUUUGGAAACCACUCAUUUCGACCCAACCAAAGAGAGAUCAUUAAUGCUACAAUGAGUGGUUGUGAUGUUUUUGUUUUGAUGCCAACUGGAGGAGGGAAAAGCUUGACAUAUCAGCUCCCCGCUCUGAUCUGUGCGGGAAUAACAUUAGUAAUUUCUCCACUUGUUUCACUCAUUCAAGACCAGAUAAUGAACUUAUUACAGGCCAAUAUACAUGCUGCUUCCUUAAGUGCUGGAAUGGAUUGGACUCAACAACUAGAUAUACUUCGGGAGCUGAGCUCGGAGAACUCUAAAUACAGGUUACUGUAUGUCACACCGGAAAAAGUGGCAAAAAGUGAUUCCCUUUUGAGGCACCUUGAAAGCUUAAACUCCCACAGUUUACUUGCUCGAUUUGUUAUUGAUGAAGCCCACUGUGUGAGUCAGUGGGGGCAUGACUUUCGACCAGACUACCAGGGUCUUGGUAUUCUGAAGAAGAAGUUUCCUAAAAUUCCCAUGUUGGCUUUGACAGCUACUGCAACAGCCAGUGUAAAAGAAGAUGUUGUGCAAGCUCUUGGCCUGGUUAACACUGUUGUGUUCCGGCAAAGUUUUAAUCGACCAAAUCUGUGGUACUCUGUGGUUCCCAAGACAAAUAAGUGCUUGGAAGAUAUUGACCAGUUUAUCAAGAAAAACCAUUUUGAUGAGUGUGGCAUCAUUUAUUGUCUUUCUAAAAUGGACUGCGAAAAAGUCACUGAAACGUUGCGGAAGUUUGGCCAUAAAGCAGCCUUCUACCAUGGUAGUAUGGAUCCUGGUAAACGUGCGUUUGUACAGAAAAAAUGGAGCAAAGAUGAAAUCAAUAUAAUAUGUGCUACGGUGGCGUUUGGAAUGGGAAUAAAUAAGCCUGACGUUCGCUUUGUAAUUCAUCACUCUCUCCCAAAGUCCAUUGAAGGCUAUUAUCAGGAAUGUGGUCGUGCUGGUAGGGACGGCCAGAGGUCAUCAUGUGUUUUGUAUUACUGUUAUAGCGAUUAUAUUCGAGUGAAGCAUAUGAUUAGCCAAGGAGGACCUGGCCAAAGCACCAUGACAACGGGAUACAAUCGUAUAGCAAGUUCAGGGAGGACACUCGAAUCGAAUACGGACAAUCUUCUCCGCAUGGUUACUUACUGUGAAAAUGAGGUGGAUUGUCGACGUUUCUUGCAGCUAGUUCAUUUGGGGGAAAAUUUUGAUUCGACGAACUGCAAAAACACAUGUGAUAAUUGCUCCAGCAGCAAAACAUUGAUUGAGAAAGAUGUAACUUUGAUUGGAAGGCAACUGGUUGAACUUGUGAAGCUAACAGGAGAAAGGUUUUCUUCAGCUCAUAUUGUAGAACUCUACAGGGGGUCCUUAAACCAGACGGUCAAGAAACACGGACAUGAAACUUUGCACCUCCAUGGAGCAGGAAAGCAUUUAUCUAAAAGUCAAGCCUCUCGUAUCUUGCACUAUCUUGUGACAAAAGACAUUCUCACAGAGUAUGUUAAAAAGAGUGAUCUGUAUGGAUCUGUAUCGUCUUUGCUGAAGGUGAAUAGAUCAAAAGCUGCCUCAAUCUUAUCUGGAGGCCAGACUAUAGAAAUGAGAUUUCCUUCAGCUGUAAAAGUAGUAAAGCCGAGCAAACACGGACCAACCCCAGCAAGAGUUGCACUGAAGCAAACUACUCUUCCAAUGGCACCUGCUCCCCCACAAGACUCGAUUCUCUCGGAUACCUUGUUCAAAGCCUUGAAAAAGCUGCGUGCUGAUAUUGUCAAGGAAUCCUCAGAUGCAGUAAUGUCAUACCACAUAUUUGGCAAUCCGACGAUUCAACAGAUAAGUAAACGACUUCCUAGAACCAAAGAGGAACUCCUUGAUAUCCAUGGUCUUGGAAAAGCCAAGGUGAGCAAGUACGGGGAUCGUUUGUUGGAAACUAUAGAAUCAACCAUCAACAACCACUACGGAACCAAUAAGAAAGAGGGUACCGGGUCAGGGAAGAGGAGAAGAGACGAGAACACUAAUCCAAUUGUAGUUGACGAUGAUGAUGAUCCUGAUUGGACUCCGAGCCAACAGUCCUACAAAAAGGCUUACGCGGUUCGUGGUCAAACGUGUGAAGAAGCUACAUGUAGAUUUUGAAGAUGAUGGAAGAGUAUUAUUACCUUGGUGCAUAUUGGUAAAUGACUGAAAAAAAUGGCAAUAUUGUUCUGUAUUAGUACUUAUAAAUUUACUUGUGUGUAAUCGAUCUUUGAAUUGGGAAAGGAUCAUCAAGCUGAAUACUAGAAAGACAUCUGAUGGGAGAGGAUCAUCAAACCAUAUAAUCCUUUGUUAAUUACUUCACGCGUCCA